AUGUCUCGUCGCUACGAUUCCAGAGUACGUUACAACCAUCUUCUCGCCCGAGGGCCGCCUGUACCAGGUCGAGUACGCUCUCGAAGCCAUCUCACACGCCGGUACCGCCAUUGGUAUCCUGGCCAAGGACGGUAUCGUCCUCGCUGCCGAGCGCAAGGUUACGUCGAAGCUGCUGGAGCAGGACACGUCGGCCGAGAAGCUCUACGUCCUCAACGAGUAAGACACAUGGGGACAGAGGAAGGAGGGGAUGGAUCGCAGAGGGCCAAGCAGCUGACACGUACUCCUAGCAACAUGAUCUGCGCCGUCGCCGGCAUGACGGCCGAUGCCAACAUCCUCAUCAACUACGCCCGGCAAGCCGCCCAGCGCUACCUCCUCACCUACAACGAAGACAUCCCCUGCGAGCAGCUCGUCCGCCGGCUGUGCGACCUGAAGCAGGGCUACACACAGCACGGUGGCCUGCGGCCGUUUGGCGUCUCCUUCAUCUACGCCGGCUGGGACCCGCGGAGGCAGUUCCAGCUGUACCUCAGCAACCCGUCGGGCAACUACGGCGGCUGGAAGGCCACCAGCGCCGGCGCCAACAAUGCCAGCGCGCAGAGCCUGCUCAAGCAGGACUACAAGGAGGACUGCACCCUCAAGGAGGCGUGCGGCAUGGCGGUCAAGGUGCUGAGCAAGACGAUGGACUCGACCAAGCUGAGCAUCGAAUUCGCGACGGUAGGACAGACCGAGGACGGCAAGAUUUACCACCGGCUGUGGAGCGCAGACGAGAUCACGGCCCUGUUGAAGGAGCAUGACCUGGCUAAGAGCGAGGACACGGAAGACAAGUAG